AUGACCUGCUACAUAGGCAUCGGCGCAGUCUACGUGGUGUUCAUCUCCGGGAUCGUCCAGGAAUGCGUAGACGCGGAGAAGACCAUCAGCCAAGGUUACUAUGCGCUUAUCCUGUUCCCCUUGUUCCUGGCGAUGAACAUGACGAGGAACCUGAAGGACCUGGCGCCGCUCUCAGCAGUAGGGAACACCUUCCUCCUCACGGCCGCCAUCAUCGGGGUGGUCUACUCCCUGAAGGACGGCAUCGGCACCACCCACGUCAUGGUGCAGGAGAAGAUCGAACUAUACCCCAAGUUCCUGGGCACGGUGUUCUUCAGCAUGUGUUCCCCAGGCUUGAUCUUGGAGAUCGAGCACUGCAUGAAGAAGCCGAAGAACUACCUGAAGCCCUGUGGAGUUCUGAACUGGGGAAUGGCGGUGCUGAUAAUGGUCCACGUUUUCGUGGGUGUUGUUGGGUACUUGAAGUGGGGCUCGGAGGCUGUGGGCAACUUCAUCAGGAACCACGUGGAAAAUGACCCGGCCACCAUGACCGCGCUGAUCAUGCAAGCCCUGGCCAUCUACUUCUCAUACGGUCUACAGUGCUACAUGCCCAUCAUGAUCCUGAACAAGGACUAUGCGUUGCCUGCUAUCCAGGAAGGGAUUUUCAAGGGGACGCCAUAUUUCUGGGACCUGGUGAUUCGCAUUGGAGUCAGCCUAGUCACUUGUAAGGAACUCUUCGAGGGUUAUCUUGCUAGCCUUCGUGGUAUUCUGGGAGCUGCUAUCCCGAAGUUGGACCUUUUUCUGGGCCUGGUGGGAGCGGUUUGUAUUGCCACCCUAGGAGUCCUCAUCCCUUGCACCCUCUACCUCGUCGUCAACUACGGGAACUACGGCAGGUUUAAAUGGAGGCUCGUCCUGGGAGUCGUCCUGCUUAUCAUCGGGCUGGUAGCCAUGUUGUGCGCGUCCAUCACCAGUUUAGUCCUGAUAGUCCGAUUCUUCCACACGGGGUAA